AUGGCAUCCUCAUCAAAACGCUCCAUUCUGAUCACUGGCUGCUCACCAGGUGGGGUUGGUCAUGCUCUCGCUCUUGAAUUUGCCUCUCAUGGCAUGCGUGUUUUCGCGACAGCUCGAUCCACCAGUUCCCUCUCCAGGCUAUCAGAGAAAGGAAUUGAGAUAUGUGAGCUAGAUGUCACGAAUGCCGAGAGCAUCACGGCGUUGAGGGAUGAGAUUUCCAAGAGAACUGGCGGCAAAUUAGACAUGCUGUUUAACAAUGCUGGCUCAAUGUAUGAAGCUCCGGCAAUCGAAGCCGAUCCUGCCCGCAUACGUGCAGUUUUCGAUACCAACGUAUUUGGCCUGUUCAAUAUGGUCUCAGCAUUUACUCCUCUUCUCUUUGCCUCAUCUACCCAGUCAGAUAUGAUGCCAGUCAUCAUCAAUACGUCAUCAGUGCUUGCAAGGUUGCCAUUCGCGUUUUCGGCCGCAUACAAUGCCUCGAAAGCAGCCGUGGCUUCUUACAGCGACACCCUCCGGAUCGAACUUGACCCACUCGGUAUCAAAGUCGUUACGCUAUUCAUGGGUGAAGUCUCAACAAACCUCAUGUCGCCUGACAAUAUCUGUUUUGACCCCGAGGGUAUCUACACCGUCGCUUUAGAGGGAACCAGGGAGCGAAGUCAAAAUCAUGCUAAAAAAAGCAUGAAGCCAGAACUAUUUGCCAAACAAGUGGUUCAAGCCAUCUUGGCUAAACAUUCUGAAUAUGGAAAGGGGGAGUUUCUGUGGAAAGGAACCAAUGCUUGGGCGAUUUGGUUUCUGAAUCUUGUUGGAUGGAGAUACAUGCUGGACAACGUCGUCAAAAAAAUGGUUGGGCUUGAAAAAAAGAAGUCCGAAAGUCCAUUCGCGAAAAAGCAACAAUUCUGUGGACAAAGGAAAAUGUGCAGGGAGGCCAAUAGCUAA